CGAGACCACCGUGACGGGCCCACUCGUCGGCGGCGCUGUAGAACGGUCUCAAGAAACCUUCUCCCAUUCCGAUCCGACUGCCGCGCCGAACGCAGCUCUCCACAGUCCACAUUCCGCCGCGCGCCUACGGCCGCUGUUCGCCGUUCUUUCACCGUAGUGUGUGUGCGUGUGUUAUACCUAACGUGUGCGUGGUGCUCGUCCGCGUAAAAUGUAAUAUCGUCGAAAAUGUUAUAAAUAUAUAAUAUAAUAUAAUAUAAUAUGUUAUAGGUGUAAAUAUUGCAUGCACCGAGUCCCGUGACGAUUUAUUCCGUAAUUUAAUUAUUAUUCGACUCGAUAUAUCGGAUUGUGUUUUAAAAUCGAGUAUUAUAUCGCGUAGUGUUAUUUUCAUUCGAAAUGAAACACCGUGAUCGUCUGGCCAAUAAUAUGACAUAAUAUACCUAUAUUUAUACAUAAUAUAGAUACAUACCUCACAAUACGCGACGUUACCUAGGUAGGUACAACUAUCUAGGUACCUACCUAUAGUUACUACUCGUCGCUUCCCGGCCUUAAAAAUCGUUUACCCCGAAACGGUUUUUCAUGACGAACAAACUCGAAUCGUUAUUAUUUCCCAAUGAGGAUACAUUCGAUUAAAAGUGAUGCAGUGGAGAUAUGUCCGACAAAGUUUCAGUGGACUUGUACGUGAGGCCAACGUUUCAAGAUGCACAGGUCGCACGUAGAGAAAUCGAAAAGGGCAAAGCUUCGGGACGUUUGUGCGCUGUGCGGUUUAGAGCUUGGGAGCAAAAGUGCCUGGAGCGAUUGGGUAGGUCAAUCCAUCGCAAAACUCAUGUAUUCUUUCUCCCACUGUUGGUGGGCCUCGGAGUUCUGUUGGCUGGAUUCAAAGCCUUCGACAGGAACUCUCAAUUUGAUCAGCUAUGGGUUGAGUCUGGAGGCCGUCUGGAAACGGAAUUGCGUUACUCAGAAUCGGCACUUGGCGAAACGGAAAGCGUCAUACAUUUGUUGGUCACACAGACAGCCAAAGAGGCUACUUCUCCGGAAGUGCCUCAACAGCGGCUUCUACAUAGAAAAGCGUUACUCGCUCACCUGCAGCUCCUUAAAGCCGCUUCUCAUGUCACGGUCAACCUUUUUGACGUGACAUGGAGUCUCAAAGACAUUUGUGUGUCACCGAGCCCACCAGAUUUUGAAGUCCACUAUAUAGAUACUAUAUUUGAAAAUAUGAUGCCUUGUGAAAUAAUUACUCCUUUAGAUUGUUUUUGGGAAGGUUCCAAACUUUUGGGUCCAGAAAAUCCUAUAAUAGUCCCUGGUGUUGGAAAUGGUAUUAAAUGGACUAAUUUAAAUCCUCAAAGUUUAAUGAAAUCUAUUAGAGCCAUGGGAGACACAAAUUUUCCAUUUGAUAUGUUAGAAACGUACAUGAAACGAGCAGGAAUCAAUUCGGGUUACCAAGAUAAACCAUGCUUAGAUCCGGAAGAUCCUGACUGUCCAGAAACAGCACCGAAUAAGAAAUCAAAAAAGAUCCCUGACAUUGGAGCAGAAUUGGCCAAUGGUUGUCAUGGAUUUGCUAGUAAAUAUAUGCACUGGCCUAAAGAGUUACUGUUGGGUGGUAUUACUCAAAAUAAAACAGGAUACAUCCAAAAUGCCGAAGCAUUGCAGUCAGUGUUCCAACUAAUGGGUGAAAAGGAGUUGUAUGAAUUUUGGUCACAAAGCUACAAAGUAUUGCAUUUUUCAUGGGACCAAGAGAAGGCUGCUUUGGUCCUCAAAAUGUGGCAAAAGAAAUUUAAUGAGGAAGUUAAAAGAGCGCUUAAAACCACAGCAAUGGUCCCAUACGAUUUUCAUACAUUUUCAACAAUGUUACUAAAAGACUUACUUAACCAAUUCAAUUUUUUGGACCCUAAAUUUAUUUAUAUUGGAUGUGCAUUAAUGCUACUUUAUGUUUCGUGUAUGCAAAUAAAUUUAUUCGACCCUGUCAGGUCUCAAGCAAUCAUUGGACUGUUUAGUCUCCUGUUAAUACUGUUAUCGAUUGCAUCUGGUAUUGCUUUUUGUUGUCUUAUUGGAAUUCAAAUACAUUCUGCUACUAUAGCUGUUGUCAUUUCAAUUGCAACGGCAUUAGGAGUAAACAAUAUGUUUUUGUUGAUGUUCAGUUAUGAGCGAGUGUCAAGUCAUGGAUUUGAUAAAGCUACUCAAAAAUACAGUUGUCACUUAGGUAAAAAACAAGUAGGAAUGGUGUUGAAAUCUACAGGAACAAAUAUACUUAUGACAUCUUUCAUCACCAUAGUAAUUUUUAUUACUGCUUCUGUUGUGCCAAUUCCUGCAUUGCGAGCAUUUUGCUUGCAGGUUGCUAUAUUGGCAAUGUUUGUUUUGGUUACUACACUUUUUGGUGUUACAUCACUUAUUAGCUUUGAUGUGCGCAGAAGAAGAAGUGCAAGAAUUGAUAUAUUUUGUUGUUUUCCAUCUGAAGACUUACGAUGGCCAUGUUUUAACAAUAAUAAUAAUUCUCUUGGAACAGCAAGCACAAUUGAUGGACAAAUGCGUCAAUUCACUGAAAAAUCAGAUUCGCCAACUCCAGCAUCUUCAAAUUUAUUACUGAAAGAAUUUAAAGACCCAAAUUCAGAUUGUGAAGAUACUCCAAUGAGAAAACAAACAUAUUUUUAUAACUGGAAGCCUAAAGACUUUGCUCAAAAAUAUGUUCAGUAUUUGACAACUGGGGCAUGUCGUAUACGUGUCAUCUUAUUAUUUAUUGCGGUUUUGGGAAUUAGUGUAUGGGGAAUUACCAGAAUUCAAGCAGGACUGACAUUGCCCGAAAUGGUUCCCAAUGGUACUAAUGAGCAAAAGUUUCUUGGAACAUAUGCUCAGAUGUUUGGAUUUUAUAACAUGCAUGCAGUGACCCGAGGUGAUUUUGAGUAUCCAACUAAUCAAAGAUUAUUGUAUGAAUAUCACGAUGCAUUCAUGCGGGUUCCUAACAUAUUAAAAAAUGAUAAUGGUGGUUUACCUCAGAUGUGGCUUACAUUAUUCAAAGAAUGGCUGUUAGGAUUACAAAAAGCAUUUGAUAAAGACUGGGCAAAGAAAUGCAUUGGUCAAGAAGGAUGGGAGACAUGUGCAUCUGAAAAUGGUAUUCUCGGUUAUAAGUUACUUGUGCAAACUGGCAACAGUGAUAAUCCAAUUGAUAAAUCAUUGGCAAUGAAUGCUAGGCUGGUCAAUGAGAAUGGCAUCAUUAAUGAAGAAACAUUUUAUAACCUAUUGACUGCAUGGGUUUCUAAUGAUAUACUAGCAUAUGGAGCAUCUCAAGCCAACAUCCGACCAGAACCUCGUCGUUGGACGCACGUGGCCAACGAUUUCGAUUUACAGAUUGUAAAGUCAUCGCCAAUAAUUUAUGCUCAAAUGCCAUUCUAUGCUAGCUAUUUGUACGAAACAUCUAUAAUAACAAAAUUCAUAUCUACAGUACGUGGCAUUUGCAAACAUUUUGACGAACGUGGACUGCCCAACUAUCCAUCAGGCAUCCCUUUUGUUUACUGGGAACAAUAUCAAGAACUCAAUCAGUAUUUAUGUUUGGCCAUGUCAUUUGCAUUUUUUUUUUUGUUUUUAAUCUGCGGUUUGUUCCUAUGCAAUAUCCGAGCCGCCCUUAUAACAUUAUUUAUGUCUGCAACACAAGUCAUUCAAGUUUUGGGUUUUAUGGGUUUUGCUUACAUAAAAUUUAGCGCCAUACCGGUUGUGUUAGUAAUUGGUACUGUAGGUACUGGAGCAACAUUCACUGUACACCUUUGUUUGAGUUUUGUCACAUGUAUAGGUGAUAAAAAUAGACGAACACAUCUAUCUGUAGACCAUAUGUCUAAAAUAAUCCUUCAAUCUGGAGUUACAUUAAUUAUCGCUGUCAUAAUGCUUGUUUUCCAAAACAACUAUGUAUCAAGGUCAUACUUUCUCAUAUUAAUUUCUAAUACAGUGUUUGGUUUGUUUAAUGGCCUCGUGUGUUUACCAGUAUUUUUAUCUAUGUAUGGACCACCACCAGAGAUAAAGCCGUUGAAGUAUACUGACCGCAUAAGCACACCGUCACCAGAACCAAUUAAAAAGCGUGCUCGCUAUACCAGCAUUAGGCAAUCAGUACCUCCACCACCAUCCAAUCGAACUCAUCAUCAUCAACAGCAGAAUCGUCACAGACAUCAUCACCAACAACACCAGGGAAAUAAUAGUUUGUCUCGAUCACAUGGUGGACUACACUAUGUUCCUAGAGAUGGAUCAUUGUCCACCAUUGCUGAAGAAUCUGGUUCCUAUCAUUCUGCAUCUAUACCUCAUGUGGAAACAACCAAGUCACAACAGUCAUUAUCAAUAUCACCAUCCCUAUCAAGCCAAUCAGACUAUAGUACAGACAGUGGAUCCGAAAUUGAUGCACCACAACGAACUCAAUCUGUACCUACAGGAUCGACUCAGAUUUCUGCGCCAACCAGGUGCAUAGUUACAGCCAAAUUUGAACUUGAGCUCGACGGUAAUAUGAUGAGCGCAGCCGCACAACCAUGUGUGCAUACAUCGUCAUCAAAACAUCAUCACAACAAUCGUCAACCAAAAAGGCAUAAACGCCAUCAUAAUACUCGGUACUGAUAUAAUAGUGCAAUUUGUAUUGUUUUUUUAUUUUAAUUUUAACAAAUUGAUUAAUUAUUUUUGUUAGUUAAAACGCUCAAUUCAUUAUAUAUUUUAGAUAUUUUUAUAAUGACAAUUAUAAUUUGACUUCCAAAGUUAGUUAUGUGAUUGGGUAGCUCUCUUUGUAAGCUUAAAAGACUGAUGAAUAAUGAGUUUAGUCUUAAUUAAGACUUAUUGUUGAAUAACUCGACUUUUUAUGUUUUUUUAACUAAAAUUGUUUUAUAUGGUUUAAUUAUUAUAUAAUGUGUAGUUGUUAAGUUAAGUGAAUGAAGAAAAUCCUUCACCAUCCCUACACCUUAGAAAAAAUACUGAUCCGAUUUAAUUGUGUACCCCCUAGUACAUUGUAAUCGCAACACGAUGCUCGGUUCAAAUUGUAUUUUGUUAAGCUUUAAAUAAUUCUAGUCAACUUAAUAAAAAUUGCAUUAUUUAUUUUGUUUUAAAAAAUAAGUUAAUGAUACUAUCAACAAAAACAACAAUUUACA